AUGACGGGGGAAGACCUGGGCCAAGUCCGAAACUCCACGCGAAAGAUCAAUCUGCUCAACCCCGAUAGCAAAACACAAGCCGAGCUCUGGGACGCGUAUGGGCAAACGACGAAGGAAGGCGGGUAUACCGGGAAUGAAGGGUCUACUCGAGUCAAUACGUACUCGAGCUCAUCUUGGUACCUCAAAAGCAUCUUUGGAGACGGACACGGCGACCGGUACGAAGAACUCUCGUACUUUGCGUUCGAGAACGAUCACUACCAAGUGCUCGCGCCUCGCAAACUCGACUGCGGUGACCUUCAAGCCAUCCUGUUAUCUGGGGCGACACCCACUGCAACGACGGACCUCUUACGCGCGAUUCCGCAGUCGACAUUUGAGUCUGUUCGUCCGUAUGUGGUGAACCAGACAACCGCAGACUCGGCCAAGAUGCUAUCGGUCAGCGCUGCCAUCCUCGGUCUCGCAGCUGACAAGAGCGUGUACUUCGGUGGUGUGGACGCUGAAGGCGCCAUUCAGAUUGAAACGUUGCUGAGUGCUGGGGAUUCCGCAGCAUUCGGUGUGGUUGGUUCGUGCUUACAAGGUUCAGCCACGCACGUCCGACUUCGACUCCAAUCGACUGAGUUUUACGUCCCUGACACCAUGGGAGAGCUCAAUCCGUCGCGCGUAUCGGGCGCCAUGUUGAUCGUGUCCCUCCUGGAUGGAAACCUAAAUCCUGUCGAGAGUUCCUGCUACGAUGCAACGCGUGAAGCUCGUUACGCGAUGACGGAGGGCAACACCGAGUAUCUUCGUCUGGUGACGGUGUACUCGAAGCAGUUGCUGGUUGAGAAAGAUUGUGGAGGGUUCACACUCUUCGGUGGAAAGAGGGACACUUUCGGUGCAGCAGGUCUGGCGAGUGCAGCUCUGUUAUUCACCCAGCUUUGGCUGUCCGAGUGGACGGUAGAGCAGACUACCUCAGGAGAAGUACUUCGACACAACUUCGUGAAUCAGAAGGUGAACGAGGUGACUGUGGACAGCACGUUUAGCAUUCGCCGGUUGAUCAACCUGCAGAUCUUAGCUCUCGUCGUGACGGCGUACGUGACGAGCGCGCGCGGCUGGUUCAAGCUCAAAUGCACCUUCAUCUCUCCCUGGGCGAAGGUAAUGAACGCAACCCCGUCGUGUACAAUUGCCAAGGUGGUGCGCAGCAGCUACAACUUCAUUUUGGUCGCCCAAAUGGUGCUGAGUAUGAUGCAGUGGCGCAAGCAGUUGACGAUUGACUUGCUGGUGGGAGCUGAUACGAACCAAGCUGUGCUGCGAGCGUUCGGCUGUGGUACUUUGGUGGUGGUGCUGGCGAUUAAUAUCGUCUUCGCGCGUGCGGGGGAUCUGAAGAUGCAAGAGAUGGAGCCAACUUUCGCCCACGUGAUGGGUUCCUCGUGUCGAUCAUCCUCUAUCUGGUCAGUCGUUCCGAUUCAGUGUCGGGCCACAGGCAUGCGCUCGGUUUCAGCUAGCGACCUGACCAAGUAUUCCGGUUGCCGCUGUUCGACCGUGUGUGCCAUGGAAGCAUCGCUGAGUGUGUACACCGUCGUUCUCACCAUUGUGAUCAUUGGAGCCUGUUUGAUCGGAUUGUCAGCUCAUGCGAUGCUGCAAGCCUCCGUUCGUAGCGCGUCCAAGGUUGGGGCCAGCACGAGGGUGUACUUUCAAGUGAAGGGGAAACGCGAGUCCUUGUCGCCCGAUGUGAACUCCUUCACGCGGUUUCUCGAUGACCGAUCAUGCAAUAUUGGCCUCUACGACUGCAGCACGGGAAUCUACGUGAAGAUGCCAGGGGAGGCCGUGCUCUCGACGCGUGGGCAGCUAGAAGCUUGCGGUUUCGUUCUAUCUUCGACGAUUCUGUUUCGAUACCGGGAUCUCCCGCUCUUCCUCGUUGCGCGCAUUGUACUGAUGCAGGUUCUCAACUUUUUCAACCUGACGGUGACGACGUACGAGCUCAUUCACACGAACAGGAGGAUGAACGGUGUUCCUAUCUGUCUUGUGGCGGAUCAAGUUAUCCACACGCACUGGUCCAAGCUGAACGAGGCGCGGCUGGACUGGAUGGACGGGUAUUUCGGUGGAGAUGGCGAGACUUCCUACCGGUCUGUGGAUUCCAUGAGAAGGCAGUCCGUUCACAACAAACACGUAGAGGUGAGCACGUAG